UGGCGGCAAGAGCGGCAGGAGCGGCGGCGGCGGCGGCAGGCUGGGUCCCUCCCCGGGAAGAUGAGGCGGAGGCCCGGGGAGCUGAGCGGGCUCAGCUGGGGCGCGUUCCUCUCAGUCGCCAGGACAAGAUGGCAGCGGCCGAGGAAGCGGCGGCAGCAGCAGCAGCAACAGCAGCCAGAGGCUGAGCCCGGCCUGGCAGGCGCUUCCUUGUAGUAGCUCUCCGGACAUGCCGAGGGCUGCGGUGGCGAAGGCGGCGGGGACUGUAGCGCUGCCCGAUCUGUGAAGGUAUGGCCUCACAAGUCUUGGUCUAUCCACCAUAUGUUUAUCAAACUCAGUCAAGUGCCUUUUGUAGUGUGAAGAAACUCAAAGUGGAGCCAAGUAAUUGUGUGUACCAUGAAAGAUCCUACCCACAGAUCUAUGUGAAUGGUAAUUUUUUUGGAAGCGCUCAGCCUCCCAGCAGGGUUGGUACUUUCUUGCAGGCUACGAACCUAUUUGACAGACCUCAAAGAGAGACUUUUUUGUUGCAGACCAGUGCUAUUGCUUUAAAAAAUAUUGCAGGUGCUACAAAAAUAUUAGCAGUGCGGGCACAGCAACCUCAAGUGGAAGCACCUUGGCCUGGGACACAAGAAAGUGAGUUGAACAUCUUGGACCGCCCCCAGCGAUGUGGACUGAAGCGUAAGAGUGAAGAGUUGGAGAAUCAGAGUGGCGCAAUGCAGAUUGUGGAUGAACUGCCUAUAUUGCCUGCAAUGUUGCAAACAAACUUGGGAAACCCAGUGACAGUUGUGACGGCUACUGCAGCUUCAAAACCAAGUGGUACCAAUGGUGAUGGGGAUUAUCAGUUAGUGCAUCAUGAGGUGUUAUGUUCUGUGAAAAAUACUUAUGAGGUUCUUGAUUUCCUUGGGCGAGGGACUUUUGGGCAAGUAGUAAAGUGCUGGAAAAGAGGGACAAAUGAAAUAGUGGCAAUCAAAAUUCUGAAGAACCAUCCAUCUUAUGCACGUCAAGGACAAAUAGAAGUGAGCAUAUUAGCAAGACUAAGUAACGAGAAUGCUGAUGAGUUUAAUUUCGUGAGAGCUUAUGAGUGCUUUCAGCAUCGCAACCAUACUUGCUUAGUUUUUGAGAUGUUGGAACAGAAUUUAUAUGACUUUCUGAAACAAAACAAAUUUAGUCCUCUUCAGCUAAAAGUAAUACGGCCUAUUCUGCAACAAGUGGCCACUGCACUGAAAAAACUAAAAAGUCUUGGUUUAAUACACGCUGACCUCAAACCAGAAAAUAUUAUGUUGGUGGAUCCUGCCCGGCAGCCUUACAGAGUUAAGGUAAUCGAUUUUGGGUCUGCUAGCCAUGUAUCCAAAACCGUCUGUUCAACAUAUCUGCAGUCUCGGUACUACAGAGCACCAGAAAUCAUAUUGGGUUUGCCAUUUUGUGAAGCCAUAGAUAUGUGGUCACUUGGCUGUGUGAUUGCCGAACUAUUCCUUGGAUGGCCACUGUAUCCAGGAGCCCUUGAAUAUGACCAGAUUCGUUACAUCUCACAAACACAAGGAUUGCCUGCAGAGCAGUUGUUGAACAUUGGAACGAAGACCACGCGAUUUUUCUGUAAAGAAGCAGAUGCAUCAUAUUCUGGUUGGAGAUUAAAGACACUGGAAGAACAUGAAGGAGAGACAGGGAUGAAAUCUAAAGAGGCCCGGAAGUACAUUUUUAACAGUUUGGAUGAUGUAGUGCAUGUGAACAUGGUAAUGGAUUUGGAAGGAAGUGACCUGUUGGCAGAGAAAGCAGACAGAAGGGAGUUUGUCAGCCUGUUGAAGAAAAUGCUGUUGAUAGAUGCUGACUUGAGGAUCACUCCAGUUGACACACUGAACCAUCCUUUCGUUACCAUGAAGCACCUCCUUGAUUUUCCUCAUAGCAACCAAGUGAAAUCCUGUUUUCAUAUAAUGGACGUUUGCAAGUACCGAAAUUCAUAUGAUACAAAUAAUCGCAAUAAAACAACACAUCUGAGGCCAGUUGCCUCCAGCGCACCAGGUCUGACAACUAAUUUUGCUAAGAUUGGCGCAGUUCGAAGUCAGACAUUAGCUGCAUCUGCCCAUUCGGUUAUGCACCAUGGAAUACCACUACAGGCAGGAACUGCUCACUUUGGUUGCAAUGAUGCUUUUCAUCAAACAUUGAUUAUAUGCCCCCCUGCUAUCCAAGGAAUUCCUGCUAAUCAUGGGAAGCCCAAUGGAUACUCUGUAAGAGUAGACAAUGCAGUGCCAUUGGUAACACAGGCCCCAACUCUACAGCCGCUCCAGAUAAGAGGAAUCCUUUCUCAGGCAUGGCCUAACAGGACUCAGCAAAUAUUGCUUCCUACAUGGCAACAAGUAACUCCUAUGGGUCCUGCUACAACACUAGCUUCUGAUUCUGUGGCUGGCCCACAGCGGCUUGGAGACUGGGGGAAGAUGAUUCCCCAUGGCAACCAUUACAACUCCGUGAUGACCCAGUCUCUCUUAACUAAUCAAAUCACUUUAUCUGCCCCUCAGCCAAUCAGUUUGGGCAUUGCACAUGUGGUCUGGCCUCAGCCCACACCUACCAAGAGAAAUAAAGCGUGCCAGAACAGGAGUAAUGUGUUACAAAAUACGAAUAUCCAAAAUUCAGCAUUUAUGUCUCCAAAGAUAAUUAAUGUGAAGGCUGGUGAGAAACUAAGUUGUGUAGAAACACAGGACAAUCAUAACUCAGAGGGGCAGGAAAGCAACUGUUGCAAACCAUCCGUCAGGCAGGAUCCUGAUUCUUCUAUUUCAAACAAACAACGCCAGGCUAUCAUCAUUGCAGAUUCCCCAAGUCCAGCAGUCAGUGUGAUUACCAUCAGCAGUGACACAGAUGAAGAAGAUGUGGCACAAAGGCAUUCACCUGCAGAAUGUAAGGGUAGCCUAGAUUGUGAGGCUUGCCAGAAUACACUGAAUAUUGACCGUGUGUGUUCAUUAAGCAGUCCGGACAGCACUUUGAGCACUAGCUCUUCUGGACAGUCCAGUCCAUCCCCUUGUAAAAGACCUAACAGUAUGUCAGAUGAUGAACAAGAAAGUGGCUGUGAUACUGUGGAUGGUUCUCCCAGUUCAGACUCUUCAGGCCAUGACAGCCCAUUCCUAGAGAAUAGUUUUGCAGAAAACACCAAUGAAAACCCAGAAAACAGAACCUCACCUAACUUGGAAGCCAAACCAGCUGUCUGCACUGUGGUGGUUCCGCCAAUGAGGAUAGAGAACAGGUUAAAUGUAGAUGAGCAAAUCACAAACACAGUUACCACCUGCCAACCACUGGUAAAACGUCGAUUUGCCCGUGUAAAAACAAACCAUCCUUCUGGCUUGGGUAAUCGUCAACGAAAAUUGACAUCAGCAUUCCAUCAGCAGCACUCAAACCUCAGUCAGGUUCAGCCCUUUGGAUCUGGGUCUCAGGAGUGGAAUGGAAACUGUGGUCAUUGGAGACAGCAGACAUACAUCCCCACUAAUGUUGCCAGUCAUGCAUUCUCCCUUCAACACGGAAGUCCCACUCAUACCUCGGUUCAUGCACAUCUGGCUGGAAGUACGCAUCUUGGAGGACAGCCUGCUAUUUUACCUUAUCCAUCCUCUGCACCCCUCAGUACAGCUGCUCCUGUCGCCCAUAUCCUAGCCUCGCCAUGUACCUCAAGACCGAUAUUACAGCAUCCCACUUACAAUAUCUGUCAUCACGGCGGCAUAGUUCACCAGGUCCCAGUGGGCAUAAAUCCCCGGCUGCUGCCUUCCCCAACUAUCCAUCAGACUCAGUACAAACCAAUUUUCCCACCGCAUUCUUACAUUGCAUCACCUGCUUACACAGGAUUUCCAUUGAGUCCAACAAAACUCAGCCAGUAUCCAUUUAUGUGAGACUCAAGUUACAGUGUGCCGGGAAGCUCAGUGAUACAUACAUCUGAUUUGAGAGGCAAACAUGGUAUUUAAUAAAUAUUAGCCAUGGCACAAUGAGAAAAAAAAAUAUUUUUUAAUCAUGUUAGACUUGGGUGCAAUUUAAACAACCUUGAGCUUUAACUCACUUUUAAUGUGUUUUUGCACAUUUGGUAUAAAUUUGUCUUUAGUCAUGUUAUCUUCUUAUAGAGUAACUCCAGACAGGUGACUUAUGGGAGUAGAAAUCCAGUUUUGCUCCUACUAUUUUUUAUAAAAUUGCCUUCUAACCUAGUGCGAGACACGUCUACGUUUGGGAAGCCAUUGAGUGUACAGAUUUAGAGCAACAGAUGCACAUGUGUCAUCAGUAUCAUGUAUGAGUAACUUGUUUGUGUUAUGUAUCUUGAUGUUCAGUGUCGAGUCACUUAUCUAAACCGAUUGAGCUGUUCUUCACAUUGCAUGUGUCCUUUGCAUGGGCAAAAAUAAAGUUGCCUAGAAAUUUGCUCUUAAAUGUUGGUGUCCUAAUAAUCUCAGCUGCAUUGUAAACUGUUCCCACACAUAGUGCCUUAAAUAUUUGAGGUUGUUAAUGUUACUAUAUUAUAAAUGUUGAGGACUGCAGCACUUAACAUUCAGAUUUGCUGAUUAUUUGAUAGCGUAAUGCGCACUCACUCUUUUCUUUUCCUUUUUUAGUUGUGUGUGGUAUGAUUUUAGUAUGGGGUGUGAUUUCUUUAUCUAGAGGGCAGCAUGUUUUGCUGUAGCUGAAUUCUGCUGUCUGAUAUUUUUCCCCAGAAUGAUCAGCUUCAAGAAAAGCAUUUUGUAGUGCUUUAGGAAAAGUUGAUUCAGUAGCUGUUGAAUUUAAAAAAACCUGUUUUAUCUGUUCAGUGAAACUACAAAACAAUCUAAGUAGUUUAUUUUCAAGGUGUUUAUGUCCAGCUGGAUUUAAUAACCUGUUUAGAGGUGCAUUAGGCAUGAUGUGGCUAGAUUAUGAAAGAAAAAAAGCAAAUGCUCAUUGAUUCAUGCUGUGGUUUCAUCUUAGCUUGAGCAAACCAUGCAGUAUUUAAUAAAUAGUAGUGGAAUAUUUACUAUUGAAGCUUGAAAAGAUGUGAGUACUUUGUGUGCAAUUUUUCAUUUAUGCAUGGGAGAGAUUUUAGCCUUUUUACAUUAUAGUAUUUGUUCUAGCCUUUUUGGGAUAUUUUCUUAUUGAAUACAUUCCGUCAGGGACAACAAAUUUCAUGCAUUUUUUUCCUAGGAAGUGCAUCUUUUCUGUGUUUUUUGUUCUUGUUCAAAUAAAUUUGCUUUUGCAGCACCAAAGACUUAAUCAUCCAUUUCCUAUAAAAGGUAGCUACUUUUUCCAUAGACCUCAAGUAUAUUGUAGUGUUAGGGAUGGGUUUAAAGGAAGGUAUUAAAGUGAGGCCGUGAUCUAGCUUAUGAGGCAAGUAAUAAAUUGUAUCAUUUAUCUUGAAUGUAUCAUAGAUAAGCUGCUAUAUAAUGAUUGCCACUUCAAAUAGCUGUGAAAUUAGGUGAUUUAACUAGUUCUUAGCCUUCUAAUUUCUGUAUAAGUCUGAUUACAUGAAAUGGAAGUAAGGGGUUGAUUUUUGUUUUGUUUGCUUUCAUAUUUGGAGUGUUGUAACUACUAUAUUGUAAAUGAUGGAAGACAGUUGCAUAUGUUAUUUUGGGGUGUGUUAUUUGCAUCAGUAUUUUAUCUCCAUUAACUAUCAUUGCAUAUAAAUGGGUGUAUCCAUGUAAUUUAAUUUUUAUGUGUUCAUAUUGACAUUGUGCAGACACUUAAACUACUUAAACUUUUUAAAACAAGCAUUUCUGGAAUACAGUUCUUGCAACAUAGACUGGAAUAGGACUCCAAAGGGUUUCUCUCAAAGCACAAUCCUAAACCUGUUUCCUUAAAAGUAAAUCCCACUGAGUUUAGUAGGGCUUACUUUUAGGAAAGUGUGCAUAGGAUUGUUGCCUCAGCAGACUAAGAGCUGAUAGUUUUCCUUUGCUCUAUUAACACAAGCAGUGUUUUAUUUAAUGAAUGUCUAAGUGAAAUAAAUGUGCCUGCAUUUGAUUUACUUUUAAGGACUGAAAUACAGCAGUAUUAGUUCAUAAAAACCAAAACCAGCAGAAUAUUUUAAUAGCUGAACAUGGAAAUAAUCCCUAACGCUUUCCAAUAACCCCUGGGCCACAAUCAGAGAGCCACACUUUUUGACUUGUUUCAAAAGCCACUCCUGUCCUAUAAAAUCACUUCUGAAAGCUUGCAAAGCUUAAAAACCAGUUUGUGAUAUGAUUUUUCUUCAAAGAAAGAAGUCCCACUGGAGAGACAUUAGCCCUUGGGCAUACUUAAAGGAGUGUUCUGGACUGCGUCUUCAGUGGUUUUUCAUAAAUAGUUUAAUGAAUUUUGUAUAAAUACAAAUGUGUGUAUGUAUAUCUCUCUUAAAAACAAUAAUAACCUGAUUAAAUUUGGAAAUUUUCCCCAGCAUAUUUAGAAAUUUACACAGAGGAAAUCAAUAAAGUAGUCAACUAGAUUUGACAUUCUCCUUCACAUUAAUGGUUCAGCAAGUUCCUGUUUUCUGUUAACUCCUUGGUGUUGAAAAUGGGGUUUCUUGGUGCUAUCUCCAUUGCUGGCAUUGGACGCACCAAGAACCAGGAAUGCCAGAAGUUAGCUUAGUUUUCCAUAAGGGUAACAACAACAAAAAUAGUUUCUCUUUAUUCACUUGGACCUUCCUUUCUCUUGAGUAUUUACUGUACUUUUAAACUGUGUUUAGGAAUCAAAGCUAAUGUCCUUGGCAUAUUAUGCCAGGUUAAACAUGAAACCUCUUCUAUCAACCUUCUGUGGCUCCUAACAUAUUGAAAAAGAGUAAAUCGUUUUUACUUUUCUUGCCACAAAGAGCACUGAACAUAAUGUGCUACUCUUGCAACCAGUUCUGUAAGGAUCACUGCAAUGAAGGCAUUUUGCCCUCUCCCAGGCUAGAGUCCAUCAUUUCACUGCAAAGCAGUUCUGUUGAUUCUGGUUUGCUGUGGAAUAACUUGGCUUGGUGGUUGUGGCUUUGAAGAAUCAAGGGUCUGUCCACACAGAACAAGACAAGGCAAAGAUUUAAAGCUGUGGUCAAAAUAAUCCCCUAUAUAUUCUAAUGCCUUUUGAAUAAAACACUGCACAACCACAAAAUUGCAUACUAUUUUUAAUUUGGGAGAUUAAUUUUUAUACCAAUUCCUCGCAUUCGGUUUCUAACUUUAAUUCAGGGUGUGUUAUUGAUCAAAUAUACUACUGUAUUAACUAAUUGUUUUGUUUAAAUUUUUAAAAUAUUCUGUAUUUACUGCUAAUUUUAACUUGGUUUGUGUUAAGUAAAAGCUAAAAAUCACACUGCAAGCUAUAGAAAGAUUUGUUUUAGAAUUAAUUAUAUAGAUUUUGUUAUUAAGUUUGAACUGUUACAGUUUGACAAUUAUUUGUAGACUUGUGGCUUUUUUGUUAUUGAUUUCUGUGCUACACUAGUUUGCCAUGUAGCAAUUGCACUGUGCAAUAUUACAAUAAGAGGACUGGGAAAAAUUUUAUGGAUGUAAUGUUUCCUACAGUUUGCGAUAGUAUUUCUCUCUAGUUCUCAGUGAUUUAAAUGUGACCAAGCCUUCUGUACUUUGUCACAAAAAGCGGGUUUUCCAGGUGACUAUUUUGGUGAGUGUCAAAAUAAGAAUUUAUGGUGUAUUACUGUCGAGAUUCACUUUGAAUUAAAAUAUAUAUUGCAGCAAAA